UUACAGACGCAUUACAGACACGUCUUAUGUCGCAGUGAAGCAGUUUUAGUCGAUAAUGAGUAUUGGGCAUCUUCCUCUGACGCGACCUCAGUCUCUUUAAUGUAAAUGUAAAUAAAUUCUUCUCGGGUUAGGAAGGGUUCAGAAUGAGGCUCUAAAAAACUGUAAUGUGUUUUCCAGAGAAAACAUGUCCUUAAGAACAACUGCGUCCAGCAAAACCGUGAGGACAUAGACAUCAAUUAAAUUGAAUAUAUUGCUAAACGCGCAGAAUCCAAGUGAUGUUAAAAUCGUCUACUGCACUAGUAAGACCUCUCUGUGAAAAGUGUGUAGAAUUUCGGUCACCAUAUUCUAUAAAUACAUUGCUCCUCUUGAAUCAGCCCAGAGGAAGAGCAGCCUGACAGGUCGAUCCAUGUAUUCAAAUCCUUAAUUUGACUAACAGCGUCAGUCCCGUGGAUGUCUUCAUGCUCCAUAGUGAAACACGCAGCAUAGGGCAUGUAAACUAUGUAAAAGUGCACUGAAAGCUGAAUAGGAGGCACUUCUUUACCCAAAGAGUUGUGGGAGAGUGGCACAAGCUACUUGGUCUUGUUGAUGAAGCCGAUACUUUGGCUUCUUUCAAGAAAGAGCUGGAUGAGAUCCUGGGAUUAAUUAACCUCUAACAAACGGGAUAAAAUGCCAGAAAGGCCUCGUAUUGUUCGUAAUUUUCUAAUAUUCUUAAAAUAUGCACAAAUCAAAGCAACCAAAAUAGUAAAAUAUGGCAAAUUUAUCAUCAAUUUAGGAGGAUCUGUAGAAUUUUGUUUUCAUUUUGACAUAGAGAGUUCUGUGUCUAUCAAUGGCAAAAACCCAAUGUAUUGAAACAGAGUGCAAUGCGAAAAAGUCCAGGUGAGGCGAAUACUUUCAAAAGCCACUGUACGUGAAGAUUCAUAACCUAAGAUACAGCACAUGUCUGCGUGUAAGGCACGGGUCGCUAUUAAUAAGGCUGAAAUUUUAAGAGGGUUACGUGGAAGGUGUGAACUUUUUAGAGUAAUUUUCUUUCUUCUACUAUUCAAAAGUAGUCAGAGGAUCAUCUUUUAAACUAACUGUCCGGCAAGGGUUUAAAAACGAUGACAGCUCAGAAAGUAAAUAGAAAAGAGGCCAAACAACUCAUCGUUUCUCAUCUCUGAAUUAACUCGUGACUCUGGUCGUCACGGUCGGGGAUCCCGUUUCCAUCUCUGCGCGCCUGGGAAUCGUGUGGAGAAAGGCAUCGCUCCCCGGGGCUUGGGGAAAGAGAUCUUUGAUUGUACGGCAGCUCUGUGGCUUCGUGAUGCGUCAGCCGUAUUUGCCAAGGCUGGAGCUAGCAUUGGCUCAGAAAUCCGCAGUGUCACAGGCUGCCUCCGCCGCCGUGCAUUGAGAGCAGAGACCGACCGGUGACCUUUCUUGUUCCCCGCUAAGAGACCGUGCGAAUCCUACAGGCUCCUUUUUAUGGAGAACGUACCUGCGCAUUCUGCCGUGGUCAUGUUGCCCCCCAAGAAUUGCAUACCGAGGAAUUACAGCUGUAUGGCCGGGCUGUUUGGGAGCCUUGCAGCCGCCAGCCAAAGGAAGGAGGACGGGGAAGAGGAGAAGGACGGCUCCCGGGAGGCACUAGAGAAUCGGGUAGUGGAGGAGAGACCCAGAGGCAGGGAGUCCGUUUUCAAGCCCCAGAGUCCCACUUUGCGCAGGCGAGCGAAGUCUCUGCCAGCGCCGUCAGACCGAGCCAAGCCCGACAUAGAGAGGAACCGCAGCCCGUCCAGCCAGAAGAAGGUAAGAUUCGCCGACUCCUUAGGCUUGGAACUGACCUCGGUGAAGCAUUUUUGCAAUGCCGACAUGCCAGAGGUACCGCAGCACAUCCUGGACAAGUUCAAGAAGGGACGUCCACCUAACCACUUCAACAAUUUCGAGAAGUUCCCCCGAGUUCCCGCACAGUCCGUCUUCAUGGAAACCCAGUUCAUUAAUCCCGGCCACUCACCCGGCUUCAUGGAGAGAGUGCGGCAGGAGAGAGUGUCGCUGGAAUGCGUCGAAACCGACGAGUUCAGCCUGACCGGGAUGGUCCGCGUUUUAAACGUCUCUUUCGAGAAAAGAGUCUACCUCAGGUACACUCUCAACAACUGGGUAACUUUUUCCGACAUCCCUGCGUCUUAUGUGCAUAACUCCAGCGACGGCCUAACGGACAAAUUUUCUUUCAAACUGAUCACCCCGAGCUUCCUCGAAAGUGGAGGUACCUUGCAGUUCGCCAUCAAGUACUGUGUCGGCGGCGAUGAGUACUGGGACAACAAUCAUGGGAAUAACUAUAAAGUGCGAAGCCACAGGUUCAAAAUUUCCCCCCCGAGGGAGUGGGAGAACGGCUGGAUUCACUUCAUAUAGCACGUCUUCCCACUUGUCCUUGCUGCUGCUGGACAAGAAAACAUGUCCCUCUGCUUGCUGUAUCCCCCUAUUAUGUGAUGUCGAAAUACAGUGCAGUAUUUAGAAAUACACGUUAAUGUCCGUUCCCGAUUCUGUCCUAGACCUCAGCGAGUACAGUGUGUUUGCCUGUCUGCUGCUGGGAGGUGGUGCGUUGAUUUCUGUGCACACAUGUAUUGUGAAGGACUAAUUGAUCUAGGUUUGAAUUAAUUACAACAUACAAUAAUUAAAAUAGGGAAAUAUAGCUCCAGCAGACGUAUGUUGCUGUCCAAGAGUUGAUGAGAGUUCAGGAUUCACGCUCAUGGAGUCAUCCAUAUAUGUACAGUACAUGGCUGUGGAUUGUCUUUGGAUUUAUGCCUUACAUAUUUAAUAUUAAUAUUUGGGUUAGAUGUUUGUUGCUAGAAAGCUAUAUUUGAAGCAUAUCUCCUUUCAACUAUAUACGUAUUUCAGAAAGUAUAUAGAAUUGUCUCAAAUUUAGCCGUUUUUAUUUUAUAUAAAUAGUAUAUUAAUUCGGUCAGAGAACUGAAAAAUAAACGUGUCAUAACUCAGAACAAAUCUAACAUCUAUUACAUUAAAAAUAUACAUAAAAGGGAUAUUUACUCAAAUCUCUUUGGUUUAUCUAGUUUUUAUUAACUAUUGCCAUGGCAGGUAACACUUGUACUUGAAUGUUACAAUUUUCCAGUCUUUUUAAAUGUAGAAGAAAAAUCAUUUAAAAAAUUGAGACCAAUUUUGACUAAUUUUCAUUUGAGGAAUUAAAUGAGGGAGUUGCUUUUGUAGUGAAAUUAUUUGAGGAAUCAUAAUAGUGUGUUGUAAUGUUUUGAUUUCUAAAUAAUUUAUUUGCCUUUUUCCUAAAACAGUUAUUUCCACCACAAAAAUGUCAGGUUAAUUUAUUGGUAUAGUCAAUACGUUUAUUUUGAAGACUACAAUCCUCUUGGACAUGCCUUAUCUAAAUAAGAUAUAUAAAAAGACCUCAUCAAUGUUAGUUUCGUCAUUGCAGAUUGCGUGCUUGUUAAUAAAAGUAUUUGCAUUGGUGUAUACAGUACCACCUCAAACUUCAAGUGUUAGAGAUAACCCAGAGAAAUAUCACUACCAUAUUUUCCCAUAAUUGCCUACCUCAUACUGAAGGCCUGUUCAUUCCUUUUCUAGAAGUAUAUAUUUUUUUACAAGAUGUUUUAUCAAGGGCAGUAACUUCAACCAGAAAGCAAACAUGCCAAGGAUUAUGAGCUAUUUCUUUAAAAACAUCCAAUAGCACCUCUGUUCAUUACAUGAAAGGAAAGCCAGACAGCUGCAAGAAGAGAUUUUCAUGUAGUCUGAGGAAUAGCAAUGUACAGUAGGCUGAGAAUUCUGAAUCCCCAGAUUUUUAAAAUCAGUUAGAAUGGCAUCUUUGGGUUUCUCAACAGGGCUAGAGGUUUGCAUUUUAACAGCCAAAUAAUGAAGCAGUGCUAACUGUGGGAUUCAGAUAUAAGUGAUCUUCAGAAUUCAUAUGGCUACUAGUAAAAAAUAUGAAACCUCAUAACUGCAGUCUCUGAUUUGUUUGCUGGUGCUGUGGCCUUCUUAUACUGUUUUCUAUACUCUGGGAGUCAAGCACACAGUGUCAUGACCAGUAAAGACUUAAUGGCCCGAUGUGCUUUAGAGAUGAGCUGGGCUAUACUCCUGCUUCCUACAGAGUGAAAAAAGGUUUUGGACCAAAACUAUUUUAAAAUAAAGGUCCAGAACACAAACCAUCAGCUGCAAACUAAAAUAUUUAUGAAGACGUAAGCAGUGAUGAUUAAAGUUAACAUGAGGCCACAUAAAUUGUGUUUAUGAGGUCUGUAAUGAUUUUUUUAAAAGCAUAUUGUAUUUAAAGGCUUCAGCUCCAUGGACAUUAUUCCUCUUAAGUACUCGUUUUGAUGGAACGUCAUGAUGUGUCAGCUUUGAGUUUUAAAAUGUUAGGUAUUUAUUUUAUACCAGGUUUAGUCCAAAAUGUCAAAGUGCUGUUCCAACAAAUAUCCUCAUUUAUUUUUGUAAUGAAAACUAUCAAAAUCUUAAAAUGUGCAGUUUUUAAUGUGAUAACUAAUGAGUUGGCAUAUUUGUUAAACUAAUCUGUAGUUUAAAUUGUGUACUUUUUGGAAAAAACUUUCUCUUCAGUUCAUCACAAUACAUUGAAAGAGCUGUUGUCUCUGAAAACAAUAGUGCAAUAAAUGUUGGUGUAUUUUAAAUUGUACAUACAUAAAAUAACAAAAUGAGAACUAAAUGUUUUAAAACAUUUAAAUAGCCUUUAUUUACAUGAAAGGGCUGUGCACUGAAGUGUUGUGUACCAUAUACACUUGCGCUUCUCACUUUCAACUUACAUAAAGUAUGUUUGUUAAAUAUAUCUGUGUUGCCAGUGUUAGGGUACAAAUAAAAAGUACCACUAUUGGCAACAUGUUUUCAAUUACAUUUCGUUGCACUUACAUGUAGACUAACUGAUUUAAAAAGGAUAUAAUGGAUACAGUUGUUUCUAACUGUAAUCUCUGACAGCUUUCUCUAAGAUUUUUACAUUUCUAUCCCUUUCCUUUCAUAUUUUGAAAACAACCAUAAUCCCAAAUAUUGCAUUUAAAAAGAUUGGAGUUUUUGUUGCAGUUUUAUUUGUAUAGAUGAGGAUUAUUGUUCUAUGUGUAUUCCAAACUCAAGAGUUCGUGAAAACAAGUACUAUAAAAUAGCAGGCGAUACCUCAGAAUGUAUUACUAAUAACCCUUCUAAACUCCUUCAACAUGCAGUAUUCCUUACACUGUGAAUGUGUUGAUGGCUAAAACUGUAACCAAAUUAGAAAAAAAUAGAUGGGAAAAUAAUUUAAACAAACUUUAAAUGUGCAGAGCUGCGUAUUAACUCUGAUUCUCCACCAGCUAACAGUGGUGGUUGCUUCAUGUAAUUCAACCAUUUUCUGUUUCAGAGCUGUGUGGAGGUUUUUCAUUCUUGGAGAUGUUUUUGCUGCAGUUCAUUUUGAAAUAUGUAAUACAUAUGUAACUGAUGAGUUACUAGCCUCACAAUGAACACAUGCCUUAGAUCACAGACAGCUGUUAUUCAGGGCAUUAUAUUGUACACUUCAUGAAUGGAUCAUUCCCCACUUCUUUCACUUUUCACUGUGGUGAAGCCUGUUUUACCUUUGUUUCACAUCUGUUUAAAUCUAAACUUAAAGGUGGUCUGUGCUCCCACAUACAAUUAAAAAUAUUUGAAAUCUCCUCUAUAGUGAAAAAAUGCACACACUAGUGAGAGAUGAAGAACUGAAGGCUGAAGAACUUUUCUUUACAGUCUUAGAUGGGGGAGAAGCUGAAUAAUCUCCUGUAAUAGUAUAAACAGAGCAGCUACAACAUCACUUUAUUUUACUUCCAGUUAAUGUCAGCAGGGAUUUAUGAAAAAUACUCUGUUAAUGUUUUCUCAUAACCUCUGUGAGAAGCUAUCUGCUAUAAAUAGUGUUACUGAGGGUAUAAAAAACAAAAGUAAAUUUAUUUAAUGUAAGAUAAAGAAUACAGAAUACAAACUAAUAGAACAAAUAUAUAGAUUUAUGCCUGUAUAUGUGUGUAUACAGUAUAUAUAUAUAUUAUUUUUAUAAGGAAAAUGUUGGGAUUCUCAGAAUAUUGUACGUAUAUCUGUCCUGGUCUUAUUCAGUUUGCAGGCUGUUGCUUGUAAAUAGUUUUCCUUUCAGAUGUGUUUUUUUAUUUCUUCUCUUUUAUAGGUAUAUUGUAGCUCUAAAAUGAAUACUUCUAAUGUGUAAAAACUGGUGGUGUAGCCAUGCGCAUGUUUCCAUUUGAAAAAAUAUCUGCAAUGCAAAAUAAUUUUAAAAAGACAUGACAUGCCCAGGAAAUAGUCUAUGAAGACAUCAUUUUUUGCCAAGAUCACUAAAACAUCUGAAAUGUUCUAAAUGGGAUCAUAAAUGGGAUCAUAUAUUUUAAGAUACAACCCUUUCGCCUUUAUUUGUUUUUGCAUCUUGUCUGUGUCCAUGGAUGUCUUUAUUAUAUUGUCAGAAUCAUAUCAAGCUUUUGAAAAGGCAGCAAGAGAAUCAAAUACCUGUCAUUCUGUAAUAUUGUGUCACUUGUGUCUUCAGUUACAGUAUCCUGUUUGAAAUGAGAAAAACCUUUGUUAAACAUGUGCAUGUCCUUGCUGUUCAUUUAUGGAAUGUAAGCUAAUGAAUUGCAAAACUAGUACUUCUGGAAGACUGGGAAGAGAAAAAGUUACAUGUCCAAUCACAAAAUGUUGAUUCUGACAGUUUAAAAGGUUUCUCAUGAUUAUACGGUGACCUCACUGUGUUUUCACUGUCCUACAACACUUAAAUAGCUGAACCAAAGAUGGUCCAGAUUCAUUUCAAGGAUGAUUGCUGAACACUAUGGCUCUGCAUUUGUAUGACAGGGAUGGAGACGUGAUAUAAAAGGAACUAAAAAAAACAGUUAUUAAACAUACUGUGCUUCCUUCUCCUGUGGUAUUUGAGGAAUUAACCAGAUUUUUAAUUCUGUAUUUUCCUAUUCCGUUUUCAAAAAUGCUUGGGUAGGUUGUUUAAAAAUAUGUACAUUUAUUUUUUUUUCUUGCUUCAUCUUCAGUGCAGCCCAGUACAUAAAACAUUUUGAAAGUCAAUUUUAUGUUCUACAUUAUUAGAUAAGGAACAUACCCUGAGUUUAUGUGCAUUGUUGUAAGUAUAUUGUGUAUCUAUGCAAACCUAAGAAACAUAUUCUUGGGGCAUAAAUCUGGUUGUUCCUUGUGUGUGUUGGCAGUGUUUUGUGAAAUUCAGUGUGUUUGUUUGUGGUCUAUUUGGUUGUAGAUAAUGUAGAGAAAUCCGUUUUUGCUGUUGGCAUGCACAGUGUGCAAUAUCUUGAAAGUAUUUUUAUGGUGAAUUUGUAAUGUAUAUUUAUUUUAUUAAUAUUAAAAGCUGUAUUGAUUGAGUCAAUAUAAAACCAUGUAUAAUUUCUGUUAUUAAUGUGUUGAUGUAACAUGACAUUUUUCUACCACAUACUGUAUCACAACUGAAUCAGAAUGAUUAGAAUGGUAAGUGAACUCAUAUGUAAAUUGCAUGCUGCAAAGUCUACUGAACAUUGGACAGAAUAAAAUAUCGUAAUCGUAUACAUUCAUUCAUAAACAUUUAUUAUUCCUGCUUUUAGGACUCUCUAAAUAGUCUAAAGUUUAAGCAGUGCAAGUUUUUUAAUAA